CAUUAUUUUCAGCGGAGACAGCUGCUUCCCGUAAUCAAAUCGUGACUCUACUUACAUGUUUUAGCAACGUUAAACUAUUUCGGUAACCCAUUGAUAUGUUUAAAAUGAACGAAUUAACGCGGUUCCUGUUUUUUAUACAAGCCUAUUUGGUUUUGGCGUGGUGUUUUAACGAUAUGGAAACGGGGCCUAGUAUGGGUCUGUCUACACUGCCAAAUGGCGAUCGUUUUAAAAUCGAGGGAAGAGCAAUAGUUCCUGGGGUGAGGACGCAGGAUUGGAUUUCAAAAGCUCGUGUUCUUGUGGAAGGGGAAGAAUUCGUUGGCUUUUUGAGAACUGAUGGAAGUUUUGCAGUAAAUGAUGUGCCAUCAGGGUCCUAUGUUGUGGAAGUUAUCACACCAGCAUACAAAUUUGAUCCAGUCCGCGUCGAUAUCACAUCCAAAGGAAAAAUGAGGGCACGUCUUGUAAACCACAUCAAGACUUCAGAGGUCAUCCGAAUGCCUUACCCUCUCCAGAUUAGAUCUCCUGGCCCAAAUAUUUACUUCACAAAGAGAGAGACUUGGGGCUGGACUGACUUCCUCAUGAAUCCCAUGGUGAUGAUGAUGGUUCUACCCCUGCUGAUCAUCGUCCUGCUGCCCAAGGUCGUCAACACCAAUGACCCAGAGAUGAGAAAGGAAAUGGAACAGUCCAUGAACAUGCUGAAUCCCAACCCAGAGCUUCCAGACGUGUCCGAGUUCAUGACCAAGCUCUUCUCUGGAGGCUCCAAGGGCUCUGGGAAGCCUAGUGGCAGCAGCAGCAAAGGCACCCGGCCCGCCGUGAAAAGGAGGUAGUACCAAGACCCACUCUGCCCCAUCUUCCAUAAACGGAAGGAACGGAUCGCACCAGGGAAGCAUGCGUUUUUAAAAUAUGACUUCUUAUGUUUUCUUUACUUCUAGUCUGUUGUACAGUCCCCCCCCCCCCCCCUUCCCACACAAGAGGGACCUACCCUUUGCCCCCAUUAAGUCUGGCUGUCUAAUAUAGGAUUUUUUUUUCUUUUUGCACUGAACUGUAAAAUCUUUAAAUUCUCUUUAAAAUAUAUGACUUUAUUUAAUAUUACCAUAUGUUGGUCCAAUAACUGUAGUCGUCAUGGUUAAGCAAAAGUCUAUAUUCUUCUGCAUUCUCGACUGCUGCUGACUCUCAGAAACAGUGUCAUAACCUAUUCCACUACUUGAAAGAUGACCUCUAUUACAAUUCAGAGAUUUUUUUUUUUUGUCCUUUUGAUUUUUGCGACUGUGAAUGGAGAUUAAUUGAAUUUUAGUUAUUAUAUAAACAGACUUAUUUAAAAGCUCAAAUAAAUACAUAAAGAUGA